AUGUUAUCAGUGAAAUGUCCAUAUGAACUGAAAGAGUUUGGUAACAGCAGCUAUUGCAUCUCCACGACGAUAAAUAACUGGGAAAAUGCAAACCAGGACUGUCGGAAUAGAGGGACCAAGCUAGUCAUCAUAAACAACCAAGAGGAACAGAAAUUCCUCAUUUCAUUAAACAUAAAUACUUGGAUCGGUCUGUCUGACAUAGAGACUGAGGGGACAUGGAGAUGGGUGGAUGGCACACCUCUGACUACAGCGUACUGGGGACCACAACAGCCUGAUAAUAGUGGUGGCACCGAAGUAGAGGAGGACUGUGUUGAGAUUGUGAAUUGGAAUAGAGAUCCUGUAAAGAUGUGGAAUGACAUGACAUGUAACACUGAACGUAACUGGAUUUGUGAAGCAGUCAAAGAUUAACAAUACCUUGUUAUAUACAGUACAAUAAUAGGUCAGAAGACAUAAGAAUAAUGGAAUUACAGUUUUUAAUACCAAUACAAAUGAAUAAGUUUCUUCCUCUGUCACAUUAAGUGACAAUUCUAUGUUUCUGAAAACAAUAAUGAAUAGGAACUUGUCAUAUCCUCACAACUAGCCACCAUGGGGGUUUUCACUUAAUGGAGAUGAGCAAAUUGGCCAUAUUUCUUAGCAUAUAAAUAUUUGUAUUCUUACUUUCAUCACAUGACACAUAUGCUGAGCUCCAUCAGGCUUCAAACAGAGGUCAUGAAUACAGAUUCGUAGAAAUCACUUUACCUAUCGCUUGUUUUUCACUGAAGUGUGAAACUUUAUUCGGAAGGAAAC